AUGCCAGAGGGUUACUUCAAACACAUGAAGACCAGAGUUGACUUUCUAGACAAAGAAAACUACGUGGGCAAGUUCACUUUGGUUGAGGGAGACGCACUUGGUCACGAGCUUGAAAAGGGUGAUGUUAUACUUAAAGAAGAGGAUAUUAAAGCAACCUUGGAACAUACCAUGGGACUCUACAAGUCUUGUGCGGAUUACCUGAUUGCCAAUCCUCAUAUUUGUGUCUAA